AUGAUCAGGAGAUAUUUCGCAACGAGCGCAUCUGUCAACGCUCUGAAUCUCAGCUACACACUCUCGCUGGGCCACCCACUUAGCAACGUGAACCACAAAGACGCUAUCGAGAAGUACAAGCAAGGUGAUUUAAAGGAUUAUGUCAGUGACAAAUUCAACCAGUCUAUUCGAAGAACAGGCGCUGUAGUCGGCGAGAAACAGUUGCGCACGGAGAUGAACUACUGGCAGAAAACGAUACAGCUCUAUGUCCAGGACACUCUACUCACCGAAUACGCCAGGAGCAACAACAUCAAGUUCUCUCCAAAUCCUUUUGUCAAGCGUGAGCAGCGUAGCAAUAUACUCGAUGAACUGGCACGCUGGAGAGUCAAACAAAAGACUCCUGAACAGCAAGCAAGAAUUGACGACGACAAGCGCAAUAUGGAAAUUAUAGAGAACACAAAAGGAUUCACCUAUGUCGUUUCAAACACUGUCAUGAAACAGCAGAUACACAGAAUACUCUUGCAAGCUUUACAUCAAGCUCAAGUUCGAAGUGAGCAUGUCAGUAGGGGAUGGAGUCUCCGCACUGCUCACAAACGAUUCCCAAAAGACCUCCUCCUUAACCCAUACACUUAUUUCAAAUCACUCGGAUACACACUUCACAACUACCCGGAGUGGUCGGUGAACAUCAAUGUCGACAAGGUUGCAAACUUCAGUGAGCGUGCCAUGCGCAAGAUGUUAGCCGAGCUCAUCAUGCACCCUCCAAAACUUGAUUGGGACAAACACUGGAAAUACGACAAAAAGUCAACGCAUCUCCCAGAGAUGGAGGAAGUACUGCACGAUAAACCUCACAAGAUUGCAUGGAGACUCAGGACACCUUACACUGAUCCACUGCGACAGGCUCUUGCGCGACGCGCAAAGGUACAUGGCUUCCAUUUCGGUGAUCCCGAGCUGCAUAAGCGCAAGCCGGACCCUGUUCUACAACAGUACAAGCAGAAGCAGUAUUCUGGACUUUAA